AUGUUACCACCGAUCGAAAAAAUGGAUAAUUCUCUGAACACCUUGACAGCAUGUCGACAUCUCUCCCUUUCAACAAAUUGCAUCGAGAAGAUGAUAAACCUGCCAAAUCUAAGUAGGAUCUUUGCAUCUACGCCUCUCUUCUAUAGUUGGCAGUGGGGGACGAACAUCGCGAGUCGGAACUAUUUUUUGCCUACACUUUACACGCUGUCUUUUCAGAAGAACCUGAGAUGGUCCUUAAAGACAAGCGUUACGCUCAGUACGCUAUGGAUGGUGUGUACAGAGAACCUGCAGAUUCUUUCCCUUGCUCGAAACCAAAUUAAGCGUAUUAGCGGGCUGGAGGAAAUUGGCCAGACUUUACGAGAGCUCUGGUUGUCCUACAAUCAGAUAGAAAGACUCGAUGGCCUGCAACCGUGUGUGAAACUCGAGGUCCUGUACAUGUCUAAUAACAGAGUGAAAGGAUGGGAAGAGGUAGAAAAGCUA